AGUGAUUCUAUCAAGGAGACAUCGUGCAGUGACAGGCAUGUGUUCCAACAGCGACUUCGUCGUCACCAUCACACAUGGGCCCAGGAAUAAAAGAGCACCAUGCUAAUUUGAGGCCCAAUGUGGUUAUUUAUGAAUCUUGUUCUGACAACUGUGGAGGCUCUGGGAUAAAAUAAUAAAAGUUACCCCACUUUGGAAACUAUUCUCCUCAAGGAAGUGAAAAGCACAAACUUCAAGUUGAGGCUGAAGAGGAUCACAAUGAGCCCACUCUUCAGGACAUGGCAUUGUCUGUGGAGAAAGUCACUGGGGUACCACUUGCUUCACAGAAACUUAUAUACAAAGGAAAGUCACUUAAGGAAAUGCAACAGAAACUUUCAGUGCUGGGUAUCAAGAAUGGCUGUAAAGUAAUGCUAAUUGGAAAAAAGAACUGUCCAGAGGAGGAAUCUGAAUUAAAGAAGCUAAAGGAUUUGGAAAAAUCUGUGGAACAGAUAGCAAACAAAGUAGAAGAUGUUAACAAGGAACUAUUGGCAAUCCAGAAGGGUUUUCUCACUAAAAGUCUUCAAGUGGAAGCUCUUGGCAAGCUUGACAAAAGAAUAAAGACCACUGUGGAGCAGUUCAUGAAGGUCCUGGAACAGAUAGACUCAAUGACUAUGCCAGAAAAUUUCAGUGACUGUAAGAUGAAAAGAAAAGGACUGGUACAAAAAGUUCAGGGUCUACUUGCUCAAUGUGACACAGUAGAAGGUAAUAUCAGCCAAGAGAUGGACAAGCUUCAGUGCAAGAAUUUGGCUUUAUCAAAGUAAAGGCUAUGAUGAAAAUGCAUUACAAUAGCAGAGAAAUUGCUCUGUGAGCAAUUUUAAGGAGAUUCACUCUUUACAUUGCAGCAUAUGCAGUACAGACCAAAAGUUUGGACACACCUUCU